AAGUUAACUUGAACUUGUGGAAAACCGCCUUCGUGCCGCGGGGCGCUCGGGCAGGCGGCUGGCACCGGGAGCCGACCUCUCGCUCCCCGCCGGGGGGGACCGGGGCGAGGGGGAGAAGCCUCCGGGGCACCGCUCGGUGCCUGCCUCUGCCCCUGAGCCGGUGCCAAAGGGGAACGGGGCGGCUCGUCGUGCUCCAGUGCCCUGUUAGCUCCGGAGGACGCGACGCUGGGGCAUUGAAACUUUUCCACGUCUAAAUGGCAAACGCAGGAUCGCAUAGCUGGUGUCGCUAAAUGGCCUUAAAAUGGCAGAUGAGCCUAUGGAAGAAGGUGAACCAUAUUCCUACCAUGAUGAAGGAAGUGUGAAAGAAAUUCCCAUUACCCAUCAUGUGAAAGAAGGAUGCGAGAAAGCAGAUCCAGCGCAGUUUGAACUGCUUAAGGUUCUUGGUCAGGGAUCGUUUGGAAAGGUCUUCCUCGUACGGAAAAUAAUUGGUCCUGAUGCUGGGCAACUUUAUGCAAUGAAAGUAUUGAAAAAAGCAUCUUUAAAAGUUCGGGAUAGAGUUCGUACAAAAAUGGAGAGAGAUAUAUUAGUAGAAGUAAAUCAUCCAUUUAUCGUCAAACUGCACUAUGCCUUUCAGACUGAAGGGAAGCUAUAUUUAAUAUUGGAUUUUCUCAGGGGAGGAGAUGUAUUCACGCGAUUAUCCAAAGAGGUUAUGUUUACAGAGGAAGAUGUGAAAUUCUACCUCGCAGAACUGGCCCUUGCUUUGGAUCACCUUCACAGCUUGGGAAUUGUAUACAGGGACCUGAAGCCAGAAAACAUUUUGCUUGAUGAAGCAGGACAUAUCAAGUUAACAGACUUUGGACUCAGCAAAGAAUCAGUAGAUCAAGAGAAGAAGGCCUAUUCUUUCUGUGGUACUGUAGAAUACAUGGCACCUGAAGUAGUAAACAGGCGAGGGCACAACCAGAGUGCUGACUGGUGGUCCUUUGGUGUUCUUAUGUUUGAAAUGCUUACUGGUACACUACCGUUUCAAGGUAAAGAUCGAAAUGAAACUAUGAAUAUGAUACUGAAGGCAAAACUUGGAAUGCCUCAGUUUCUCAGCCCUGAAGCUCAAAGUCUUCUGAGAAUGUUAUUUAAAAGGAACCCAUCAAAUAGAUUAGGAGCUGGUUCAGAUGGAGUUGAAGAAAUCAAGAGACAUCCUUUUUUUUCUACUGUUGACUGGAAUAAAUUGUUCAGAAGAGAAAUUCAACCCCCAUUUAAACCUGCUUCUGGAAAACCAGAAGAUACCUUUUGUUUUGAUCCAGAAUUCACAGCAAAAACACCAAAAGAUUCUCCAGGAGUCCCACCUAGUGCGAACGCACAUCAGCUCUUCAAAGGAUUUAGUUUUGUUGCAACUACUACUGUAGAAGAUCAUAAAAUAUCACCACUCACCAAUAUACUGCCAAUAGUACAGCAACUUCAUGGAAACAGUGUGCAGUUUACUGAUGUAUAUGAACUGAAGGAAGAUAUUGGUGUUGGUUCCUACUCCGUUUGCAAGCGAUGUAUACACAUAGCUACAAAUAUGGAGUUUGCUGUAAAGAUAAUUGAUAAAAGUAAGAGGGAUCCCUCAGAAGAAAUUGAGAUUCUCAUGCGUUAUGGACAGCAUCCAAAUAUUAUUACUUUAAAGGAUGUGUAUGAUGAUGGUAGAUUCAUAUACCUCGUCACUGAGCUGAUGAAAGGAGGAGAGCUGCUUGAUCGAAUUCUCAGACAGAAGUUCUUCUCGGAACGAGAGGCUAGUGCUGUAUUAUACACUAUAACUAAAACUGUGGAUUACCUGCACUGCCAAGGAGUAGUGCAUCGAGACCUUAAACCUAGUAAUAUUUUAUAUACGGAUGAUUCAAAUAAUGCUGAUUCUAUCAGGAUUUGUGAUUUUGGAUUUGCAAAACAACUUCGAGGAGAAAAUGGACUACUUCUAACUCCAUGCUACACUGCAAAUUUCGUGGCACCAGAGGUUCUCAUGCGACAAGGUUAUGAUGCUGCUUGUGACAUAUGGAGCUUGGGUGUUCUUCUUUACACAAUGUUGGCAGGCUAUACUCCAUUUGCAAAUGGUCCUAAUGAUACUCCUGAGGAGAUCCUGGUACGAAUAGGCAGUGGAAAAUUCUCCUUAAGUGGAGGCAACUGGGACACUGUUUCAGAUGCAGCCAAGGACUUGUUAUCACAUAUGCUUCAUGUAGAUCCACAUCAGAGGUAUACAGCAGAGCAAGUAUUAAAACAUUCGUGGAUAGCAUGUAGGGACCAGUUGCCGCAUUAUCAACUAAACAGGCAAGAUGCACCACAUCUAGUAAAGGGAGCCAUGGCUGCUACAUAUUCUGCACUGAAUCACAAGACAUUUCAGCCAGUGUUAGAGCCUGUUGCAGCCUCAAGUUUAGCUCAACGACGGAGCAUGAAAAAGCUAACAUCUACAGACUUAUAGAUCCACUGGGACACCUUAGCAAACAGAAGCAAGGGGAAAAUCCAAUAAGUGGCUCUACUUUGCCUGACCUGUGAUCAAAAGGCAUCUAUGGUUUCCUGCUACACUACUUGAAUUCUGUAAAAGUCCUUUUUUAAAAAAAAAAAAAAAAAAUCCACAGGUUCAUACUGUGCUGUUUUACAGGCUGUAUCUGUUAAAUUAAUUUAACAUCAGGUACACACCAUAAUGAAUUUCUCUACACUGUCCUUUAAGAGAUCUGUUGCAAAUAUUAUUUCGCAUUCUGUAGAGUUUUGCUGGGUUCAUUUAAAAAAAAAAAUGGUUUUGGGGACCGUUGUCAAUGACCAAGUUGUACAUAAAAAAGUGUCAGUGUAAGUUUUUUCAUUUCUUCACAUAUUUAAAUACUGUUGUGAAGGACAAAUUCUUAAUUUUGUAAUUGGACACUUAACUGAUUCAACUUAAUUCAUUUAUCUUUUUCAUUACUUUUAUGAAAAUCUGACUGAUGUAUUGUGCCAAUAUUAAAUGCAUUAAUGCUAAUUUGGCAGGUCUGUGUUUGCAUGGUGCCAGUAACGGAUAAGUUUAUGUGGAAAAUAUAAACAAAAGCAAUGUGUAAGGUCCUGCACUUUACCUGUAAAAUCAAUUUGAUCACUUGUGACUCGAGAAAAAUGCUGGUUAACUAAUGGCCUCUUACAGGAAAAUGAACACUUCUAAUUAUUACCAUGAAUGGUACUGUGUCCUGCACUGAGCUGGAGAAAGUAAGUAUGUGUAUAAACAGUCAAAAUUAAGGAUUGAAAUAAUAUUGUUAUUUUAAGACAACAUCAUGCAAUCCAGUUUUGUUUAAAAAAAAAAAAAUUGCCUAUCCAUUUGUACAAUGGCUAUAUUACUGUUUCCUUGGCAGAUAUUUCCACUGAAUAUAUCCAAUAUUAAGUAUAUUUGGUGUAUGAGACAAACUGACACUUUGUUAUAACAAACUUGGCGUGUGGAUUUUAAUUUUAUUUAUUUGGUUUUUAUAGAACGUUGCUUCUAUCUGAAUCUCUAGCCGCAUGUACAAAUACUACAAAACAUAAAUGCAAAAUUCUAUUUGCCUAACUGUAGGGGUAGCUUGGGAAAAUAAAUAAGCCUUGCAGUGUGCCCAGAUAAGGGAAUUUUGACCAAGAAAUUUCACAGUUAUGGGCAAGUUACUGACAAUAUCCCGUUGCCGGCACUCACUUGUUCUCUCUGUCUUGGUGUUAGGAUUUCAGCUCUUUCUAUGUGCUGUGAUAGACAGGAAACAAAUCUCAGGGCCAGAAUCACCUUUGAGUUUUGACUCAAAACCAGUGCUGACUUGCAUCUGCUCGUAGACUGGGAACUAAUACAUUCAGAGAUAAUAAGCUUAAAGUAAAAUAUUUUCACAAGUUGUAGACAUUACUGUACAAUUGUAUUGACAUAGUAGGAUGGUACGCAUUUUAAACAUUAGGUAAGUAUAUUAGUGACCAACAGUUAGACUGUGAAGAGUUGGAGAAUGCAAGUGACCAAAAAUUGUAGUUGACUGAUUUGCCAUCAUUGAAUUUCCUGUUCCCGAUAGCUUUGGCGAAUUACAAGACAUCUACGAUGGCAGAACUCUGCAUUUUGAGACAGGAAGAAAGGGAAGAAAAAGCUUUCCGAAGAAUUCUGGCCUAACUUCCAAGAAUGGCAAUAGUAACUCGGAUCUUAAAAUGCAGAGGGUGCUGGCUGGUUUUUGCUUAUACCUGUGAAGUACUUGGUGGCAUUGAAAGUACUGUUAGAUGAGCUGCUUUCUUCUGUUGUGGUGGGGGAAGAUGGAAAUUAUCUGGCCAAAUAGUUAGGUAUGAAUAUAUGUAGAUUUGAGACUUAAUGAAUAUAGCAAACAUAGGUGUGCUAUUUGUAUCAUGCAGAACAUACCCCAUACUCAAUUUGAGUGUUUGAUAGAUGUUGGAAGCAUACUGGGGCCAUUUGUGCCAGAUUUUGAGGUGCCUGUUUGAAAUGCUUGAAAGCUAUCAAAGAACAUGACUGCUUCCUGGAAAGCUUAUUGUUUAGUACCAAAUCUGCGCCUUAUGCAGUUGGUUCAUCCUUUUUAAUACCAGAGACCUUGGCCCAGAAGUAUGUGUGUAAACCUCUCACUUACAGUCUGUGUAAUUUUGUUUGUCAACUUAUAAAUAACUACCAGAAGAAUUUGAAUUCACUGAGUAGAGAGGGGUAGACUAAAUGUGGUAGAAAUAAGCUACCUUGACCAAGGUCAAGCUGUAACGUGGGUUGUAAUGCACUAGUAAAAACUACGUUGGUAGAGGGUAAUGCAAGGAAUGGAACAGAACUAAAAUGUCAAACUUGAAUUGUCUUCAGCUUUCCCGUAAGGUAGCAGCUGGUCUUUAAUGGCUUUAUUCAUGAAUCAUUUAACAGUGUUUAUAUUGGUAUUUUCUUUUAGCUUGCUUAGAAGCACCACAUUAUAAGCACCUUAAAAGCAUUUUGCACAAAUACAGUUGUAAGCAGCUGAAGACACUCAAGUUCUUGUCAAAAGAAAGGUGGUAAGAAGAAAUACGUGCAAACAAGAUGGAUAUUCUGAUUCUUAGCAAAGAAUUUUAAACAUCUAUAAGUUUAUCCCUGGUGUGUUUUUAUAUCAUUACUAGCCUUUAGUGCAAAUGGUACUCCUGGGGCAAAGGCAAGGUUUCAGCGACUGCAAUGUUAACAAGUUGUCUUAUCACAAGGAAAACAUAUGGACAAACAUCUUUCUUAUAUCUGACAAGACCAGCGUAUUCUGGUAUGCCGAUUUUUAAUCCUUAAAUCACUUGAGGGGAAGAAGUUAACUUGCUAUGAAUAUUUCAGCAUAUCAGUUUUGAAACAUUUUGGAUAUACAGGGAUACAAAAGAGUUCUUACGCAUUUACUUCUAAUAUGGUAUUUAAUGAUUAUCUUUGAUAUUUCUUUUGUAACUUCAUAUUUUUUUUCAAGCUCAGAUUUUGUUCAAUUAUUAAUACUCACAAACAGAUGAUGCAUUAUCAGUUCAGUGUUUGAAAUGGAAGAACACUUAUUUGAACAUGCUCUUGGUUGGAGUGAAAGGUUAGUGUAAUGUUUCAUUUUCAUGUUGUCUCUGCACAGUUCAAGAUUAGUUAUGAUCAUACUAUAAUACAGAAAUUUUCUUCACUGCUCUGAUAUUUUGGGUGCGAUCUCUGUUACUGCCAGCACAAUGACGACAUCUCUGAUUUUGAUAAUGGCAGUUAUAAAUGAGCGCUAGCUCUCACUAUCAGUCUGAUACAGUUCUCACUGAAAGGAGUAGAUACCUACAGACCUGAACUGUAGCUGGAGCCCAUACUUGACAUAUCUGCUUCUUUUUCACUCUUUGGAUAUUGUAAUUAUUAUCUUCAGUUUUUCUUUUGAUGAAAACCAAAGAACUCUAUUGUAUUCUUGUAUUGUAUUCAAAAGCUAUACAGUGGCAUCAACAUCUGCCAGUGGUGCGUAAUGAAGAGUGCCUGUACCAGCGAACAUUAGCGUGGGUAGAUUCAUUUAAGCUGCUGUUCUGUGGCUUGUCUAAAUGCUGUUGUUAGCAUGUUGUGUAUUUUUCCCAUUAUGCUUGAAACUAGUAAAUUCUUCUUGACCCUGUAAAGAGCCUAAGGUGUAGGUGGUCUAAGCAUACUUCUAGUUGAGGCCCAUGUUCCAUGGUUUUAAAUGUUCUGCUAGCAUUCAGAGAAGGCAUCCAAAACCUUACCCAAGUCAGUCAUACUGAGCUUGAAUUGUCUUCCAUGUUUUAGUUCAUUUUCCAAAGCUAAUCUUAAUAUAUGUAUUGAAGAAAUUAAUAUGUCCAGUAGUUAAAAUUACACCUAGCAAAGCAACAAUUGGAAGUUACUUGCAGUAUACACCGGUCAUUUGCAGUGACAGAUGGCUGCAUCUACUGUUCUUCUCUCUGCUGUCAAAUGUUGCAAUUAAAAAGUUAGGAGAGCUUAUAAGGAUUGAGUUAAAUGAAUUACAUAGUAAUAUAGUAAUUAUCCUGAUUCAUAUAAGUGAAAUAAGGCUCAUGCAUCAAUGCAAUUAUGGGGUUUUAUGUACUUCUGUAGCACUUAAGUUUUUUAAUCCUAUCAGAGUUGAAACUUUGCUGAUGUUUGUGGGAGGGAAAGGAGGAGCAGAUUUCAGAAGGCUUCUUAAGCCAUGAUAAUAGGGUCCUUAUGUAAUGCUAUCACAGCUCUACAGGUUUUUUUUAAGCUGCUCGUUGAAAGUUCACUCACUUUUUUUUCUUGAGUAUGUAUUAGUAUACCUAUUGGUAACAUGCAUACACUGUUAUACACCAUGUACCAUCCUUAUGCAUUAACUUCUCUUUAGUUAAGUACCCUCUGAAUAAAUCUUGUCCCUACUUCAGUGUAUUUUCUUAAACAUUUACUGCCCCAAAUUAUUUUGUUGAUAAGCCUGUAUUUUCCUUUGAAUAAAACAAUACAAAUCCAAAACAAAACAAAAACCAACACCCUAGCGUAUAGCUAAAGUUGAUUUGAGUAUUACAGUAUCUUACCUAAAUAGAAGUUGCUCACCUGCCCCAUGCCCCUCCCCGUUAAUCAGUGACAAGCUUUCUUGAGAUUUUCUUAUAUAAAGAAAGCAAUUUUACUUUGAAAACUUUAAAUGAUAAAUAUCUUUGAUUAUGUCUCUUAAUGAUUAAGAUUUGGGAGAUAGCCUAUUACCAAUAAUGAGUUUGAAUAACAUAGGAUCCGGGUUUGUGGAGUUGUUCUUUUUUUGCGUGUGUGUGUGUGUGAGAACUGAAAACAUGCUCAAGGUGGAUCUCCUUUGCAGGACAAAGUGUUCCUAUUUUGUAUGUUUUGCAUUAGGCUUACGAGCAGCAUUUGCUAAGUAAUUGCAGUGUCAUAAUAUCCCAAGCACUUUGGCAUCUUGCACUGAUACUCUGAUUAGAGCUAAAACUAUUCUGGCACGUGACUGGCUAUAAAUCUCAAUAUACAAAAGGGCAUUAAUUGAAAACAGCGUGCAAUGAAUCACAUGCUCUCUGAGGUACUUCAAAGAUGAAACUAUACAAAAGGUCCCCGUUAUCAGAUAUUGUAACUGUCAUUUCUUUCUCUAAGCAUAUUGUGGAUUUUGUAUCAUAUUGUAUUUAUUUCAUUUAAUUUUAAAAAAUGUUUUCUUUAAAGCUCUGUAUAUAUUGACAUUAAAGUUUGCAUUGUACUACGUUCUCUUCUCCUUGUAAGGCUGAAUCUAGUAGUGCAUUGUAUGGUAUGUUGUCUUUCUUUGCACUGUGCUGCUAAAAGAUACUAUUGCCUUGAAUUACGACAUGCCAAAGACAACCUCAAAAUUGUAUUUAUUUUUGUUAAACUUUGUGAAUAAUGAUAAAUUUAGUUUUAAAUAGCUGGCAGUUCCUUGAGUACUGGAAUAAAAAGGUUGCAAAUUCAUAAUAUUUUAUAAUUGACAAAAAUAGGUCAUUUAUGAUUUGGAAGUUCAACUCUUUUUUAAAAAAAAUGAUAUAAAAAUCAAUGAGCAAACAUUCCUAAAUUAAAUGUACUGUGAAUUGCAUUAUUUGGUAAGCCUUGCCAAAACAACACAUACGUCAAGAGCUGUUUAUAAAUUUAUAUUCACAGUAAAGUGUUUCAUGCCACACUUUCAAUAAACCAUACAUCCACUGAUAGGAU